UAUUUUUGUAAAAAAAAAUGUUUGUAUAUUUAUAGAUGUUUACAAUUUUAGAGAUGUUUGAAAUGUGACAAAAAAACAGCUUUUAUAAUAUUAUAAAGAGAAAAAAAAGAUCUAAAUUGUUUCAAUACCUUUGUAUCUUAACGUCUCCUGACAGCAAAGGUAAUGUAAUGUCUAUUACUUAUGCCUUGAUGAUCCUCCAUGGUGAUGUGGACCAGGCAAGAGUAGCCGAGCGCAGACACCAUCCCCAACCCCCCUAACUGAAGAGAAUGGCAGCGCAGGCCAGCCGUGCGAAGCACAGAUCCUUGCCCUUGCAGAUACAGUAGAAGAAUUUGAGGACAGUAUAAUGCAAAAGAAGAUGAAAAUUCCCAAGAUGUCCAUCAAGAAUUCAGGAAACUCAAUUGAGAACAAUUUUGGAGAGGAGAGAAUGCCGCUCAGGCAUAAAAAGGCCCUGUCUCAGGACCAUGGACGCCCAUUGUCUAACUCCUCCAAGAGCCUAGCAGCAGUAGUGGCCCGCCUGGAGAGAAAUGCUGCCAACUCCUGUAUGGAGGGCGAGGAGGACCUGGAUGAGGACCGGCUGGCCGAGGAGGGAGAAGAUGCAGACGACGAGGAUGAUGAUAUGGAGGCAGAGCAUCAGCAGCAUCAUCACCAGCAGCAACAACAGCACUUGGAGGUGGACACAGAUUGCGUGUCUGGGGUAUCUGCGGCCGUGGUUCCUAGAGUCCUGUAUGAGGAGCUGGUCCAUAGCUACAGGCAACAAGAGGAGGAGAUGAGGAGGCUUCAGCAGGAGCUGGAAAGAACCCGCAGGCAGCUGGUGCAGCAGGCCAAGAAGCUGAAGGAAUAUGGCAGCUUGCUGACAGAAGUCAAGGAGCUGAGAGACUUCAACAGGAGGCUGCAAGACGUGCUUCUCAUGAGACUGGGCAGCGAGCCUAUGCACGACAGUGGCACUCAGACAAUCAAGGCUGAAGUGGUUGAACCCAUCGUUGAGGCCCAAGAGACAUGCAGGGAAGAAGCCAACACCAGUUCCAGCUACUCGCCAUCACCCAGAACAGUAUACACAUGCAAUGAUGGAAAGGUACACCUUGGUGGAGGGAUCUGGGUGGAGGAGGAGAAGUGGCAUCAGCUGCAGCGGACCCAGGGAGACUCCAAGUUCACAAAGAACCUGGCUGUAAUGAUCUGGGGUACAGAAACCCUCAAGAACCGCAGUGUCACCGGAGUGGCCACCAAAAAGAAGAAAGACGCCCUGCCCAAACCUCCUCUGUCGCCCAGCAAACUGAAAAUCGUCAGAGAGUGUCUCUACGACAGAGUGUCUCAAGAGACUGCCGACAGUGCAGAGAUUACGCAGAGAUUGUCCAAAGUGAACAAAUACAUUUGUGAAAAGAUAAUGGACAUCAACAAGUCCAUUAAGAACGAGGAGCGGCGGGAGUCCAAGCUGCUCAUCAGACAGACAGUCAAGAUGGAGAACUUCACCUACGAUGGCAUGUAGUGGUCAACUGUUGUCACGCCAGCGCCUUCUGCCCCCCGUCGUUCGCAGGAUAUUGAGGGGACCUGAUAUGGGUGGUUGGGGGAUGUUUGUCACGGUUUGAGCAGCAGUUGUUUUCCAUUGAAUCAUUAGAUUGGUUGUUGUUAAAAAUGUCAAAACAAAUAGACCCCCCCCCCUCCCCCCCAGCUCCCUAUAGAGCCAUCACCUUCCUCUGUGCCCAGUGUCUUCAUUGGCUGACAGACAGCUUUACCCACCUGUGAGAAGUUCAACAUGUGUGAACUAGUUUGGUGUGAUCUGGUAUGAGUGGUUUGUUUUUGUUUUUUUCUUAAAGCUUUACAGUGGGAUUGGUACCAAGACAUGGUUUACUGACGUGUGCAUUUGUGUCAAAAGGAGAGAUUAGAUGUGUUGGUGAAAUCGAUGUAUUGUUCUGUAUCAGAACAUGAUACUGAGUCCUUAAACUUUUAAAAAGUGAAAGGUUAAUGCCCGAGCUAAAGUCUUCGAUGCUAUAGAGUUGAUGAUGCUAGUUUGCAUUAGAUCUUAGUCGUUUUAACAGGUGGAUAUUUUGGUGACUAUUCAAUAUCUGCUUAGUGUUCGCUGUUGGUACUUUCUGCAUAGAAUGGGACACCAGGGUCUCAGAUGCACAAGUCUUAACUGGUAACAGCCAUAUUGCAUUUUUGCAACAGAGAUUCUGUUGCUCCAAGAGAUUAAUUCUUCCCCUUAACUGUAGGCCAAUCACAGCAGGUCACUUUAUUUAAAAAGAGAGCCUACAGAGGUUAAAUGUGAAGUAUGACUUUAAUGUCUAUAGAGUAUGUUUGUUUUAUUGUGUUGACCUUUUGGUUGUGAGCAUUUGCCAUCAAUGUGAGAGCACAAGGAAAGGUUUUGAUGUGAUUAUUCCUGUGCUACUCUUAAUCAAACGCGUCACUUUUUCGGACAAUUUGACUGUUUUAAUGAGUUGUCGUGGUACAGGCAUGUCAAUGCCUAGAAAGGCCUUAAAUGGAUUUGGCAAUCACCGGGGGCUGGUUCGCCCCUGGGUUUUCUAGUAGGCUGUGAUUGUAAAUGUAUAGUAAGCUGAAGUGAUGAAGCUUCACCUGCACUUUGCUGUGAGAAUGUAAGAGAGAUGGCAAGAGGUACUGUUUUCUGUGUGAUUCACACCGUCAAGGUGAGCCGAGCCGGGUUACUUGCUACGACCCUCCCCGCCUGUUUUUCAAAGAUGCUGCGCUGCAAGGGACAGUAUGGGGGUAAGAGAAUCUGGGCACAGCUCUGCACAGUUUAGGCCAUCUUCUUGUGGAAGCAGUGUUAGCUGUGGGUAAAGCUGUCUGAAACACUAUUGUCCUGUCAAAGUUGUCUGGGCCUGCUGAACCCCAUAAUAACCCCCCUCCUUUUUUAAGCCACACCACUGGGGAACAAAGUAAGGUUGCUCCAGUGACAAUCUCCUCUGAGCUAUGCCAUCAGAACUUUAAAAAUGUCCUCCUUUUCUUGUAUGGUUUCUUUUUUUAAUGUUUUUUUUUCUCUCUAGUUGUUUUAUUGUUUUGAUCCAAAAUGGUUUGUGUGGCUGUCUGCAGGCUGGAACUAAAUGCUGCAGAUUGAAAUCUCAACUGUGACCUAGCUGUGGCUAACUGUGAAUCUGCUGCAGAGCUGCCCAUCAACCCUCUCUCCUCUUCACACUCUAGAUUCUCGUUUGUUUGUUGGUUUAUUUCUCUCUAUCAUUUUGUCUCUCUUGUUUUUUUUGUUUUGUUUUUUUGUCAUUUCAAAAGUUCAGAUCAGCCUUUUGUUAAGCUACCUUAUAUUCUGGAUAUUUUUUAGUGUACAUAAAGAUUACAUCUUUUUAUUUUUUUUCCAUUAAACAUGGAUAUUUCUGUUUCUAGUCAUGUUUCAUGUUACAGUUUUAAAGGUUCUGGUCAAGUUUUGGUUUAUCUAAUUGAUGUUGUAAUUCCAUGUUACCUGAUCAAUUCUUGUGUUACUUUUUACACUUUUUUGUUUUUAUUUUCAUAUGAAUUGUUGGCUUUAAGCUUGAUGUUGUAUCCAAAUGUAGAUCAGUUGAAUCUACAAACAAAUGAAAAAAAUUAACUCCCCUUCUUAGCCAAAGUGAUCUCUAUGGAACAAGAGACUAGGCUUAGCUAACAUCAGAUUUAAACCGCCCGUACAUUAAACUACAGUGUGAUAUAUUAAAAGCCUCACUUAGAAUCUACCUUCUAAUGAUCUGCCACAGUACGAUGAGAAUCCGUAAAUCGUUGUACUCUUCUAAUCGAGAUGCAGUAGUUAGAUCGACACAAAUUGAAUGCACUUUAAACUUCUCAGCUAUUUCUUCAAUCUUAAAGACAUGUAUUUGUGGUAUUCGUCCACUUUUUUAAAGAUCUGUAUGGAUUAAGGCCUAACAAUCAUGGUAUUAUCAUGAUGCACCUUAGAAAAUUUUGGUUUAUUGUUUUUUUUUGUUUUUUUUUAUGGCAAGAAUGAGUUAUGGGAUAUGAUUUUGGUUUGUCUGUCAGAUAUGCCCCCUGACAUGCCAAUGCUCCAAAAACAAGCUUGAGUUAAUACUUCCCAUUACUUAGGAGAAGUACUACUACUUUUGAAUAUUUAAAAUCUUCUUCGAUUUAUGUAGGGUGUUCAGAAAACGAGAUUUCCUCAUGAAACUGGGUUCUAUAACUCUGUCAUGGCCUCUUGAACAAAAAGUAGCUACUUGGAAAAUUGACAAGCAAAAAGUAAACAACCUUACACGGCUUUCAAGCCCACAACAGGAUUUACUGAUCUAAAGAUAUUUACCUGUAUAAAUGUGCAAGCUGACUGGAAUAUGUGCUUUAACUUAAUGUGUGAAGAUGCUGGUUACAGUAUGUAUAGAUAUGACUUAUUUAGAGAUAAUUGUGUAUUUUUACAAAUGAAUGGUAAUUGUAAGCCAAAGUAUUCAAGGCUGAGAUCAAGCUUAAGAAUGAGGUGCUGACGAGGAAUCAGCAGGUUUUGCACAAAAAAUAAAUGGCCCAUGCCAAGGUAAUAGAGUUUAGUGGAUCUUAAGACACCGACAUGGUGGCAUCUUUUACAUUUUUUUACUUUUUCUUUUUUUUGUUCCUAAAAAUAUCCCUUUUCCAGUUUCUUCGUUUUUCCUGUACAAAAGCCACAUGUGAGGUUUACCUGCGCUAGCAUGUAUUAAAAAAACAUGCGAUUUAAAAGAAAGAAAAGAUUUCUGCUGUGCAAAGCGACCAUGCUGAAACUCUGACACAUUGUUGUGUGUUGUGUUUGUGUUUGUUUCUUUGUUGUUUGAUGCCAAAAGGGGGUGUGGUUAAAAUAAUGCUUUAAGAUGGAGCAUUUCUAAAGCUAUUACAUCAUCUGAAAUUUCAACUUGUUUUCAAAGGCUGGUUUUCCUGGAGCACGAUUAAGCCUAAUCCUUUAACUAAAACCAUCUUUAGUGGAUGAAAGCUGUAUGGAAGGACUGUAUGUUUUUAACCCAGAUUUGCUUAAUCUGUGAUGGCAAGGCCAAUCUCUAUCAAAUGUACCAAGUCUCUUGCAGAGGAGCCCUUUUGGGUUUUGGCUUCAUAUUAGUAAUAUACACCAGUAUAUAACCUUGCAGAGCUGUAAAUGGAUGAUAUAGGCUAGUUUUGGCUCUGUAACACACACCAGAACUUGCAGUACUCUCACUGUUCUCACUCAAGUAGCGAUAGGGAUGAAAUGUAACCUCGCUGGCUCUGUGAUCCUCUUCCUGUGCCACCUCUUGUUCCUUACUCUCCUGACAUUUAUAUGGACUGGGUUUUAGAAAUGCAAACGUAUCAAAAAUAAUAGCAAAUCUUGUCCUCCUCGCUUCGUGUUUUGGCUUAUGUUGUGAACCCCACCUGUCAAAGUCUCAGAAGUGAGGGAGCUUUACGCCGCCUUCUGACAGUUUGAUUGCGCCAAAAAAACAAGAUCAGCCCCAGCUUCUCUGAGUGGAACGAGAUAAAUGGCUCCAUCCAGUAGUUUUCACAACUAAGUGUACACAAAACACAUUACUGUUUGAGCUUCAGAUACAAUGUCAGACUUACCUUCAAAUAAGAAAAAGACGGGAGGAACACAUUGUUAGGCCUAUAUUUUUCUUAAGGUAUAAGUAACUUUGUAUACAAUCCACAAACCGGUUCUACUUCAUCUAACUUCACCGUCCUACCUCAUUGUUACUCUGGUGUUUGUUUGUCAGUGACUGUAAACUAUGUGUGUAUAUUAAAAAAAAUCUAUAGGAAAAGGUAUACCUGGUUACUCUCAACAUGUACAGUAUAUAAAACUUGUAAAACACCUCAGUACACAAUAUCAUUGUUAGGAGAAAUCAGUUUUAUUACCUGCUUAAAGAUGCUGCUCUGAAGGGGGUGUCUGCGUGAGGGGUCAUCUCUGAAUAUAUAUCUUCGCUCUUUGCUAUGUCGUGCAGUUGAUCAGUGGUUGUGUUCUGUCUCUGUAUUGCAUUCUGAGAUUUUUACUGGUUGACGGUGCUACCAGCAAACAGUUCAAAAACUGAUCUGUCUAUCGGACCUCAAAUGGUGCUGUUUUUCUAUGUUUUUAUCCUCAUACAGCUAUGUUUUAUUCAGGUGUGUCAACCGCCACUAUCCCCUCAGCUAAUCGAAAUCGUAAAAAGCCAAAAUGUUUCGCAAAACGGUAACCCUGCUAUUACUGUAUCGACUUAUAUGCUAUCCAUCCAAAUAUUGUAGAUAGUGAUUAUACGUAUCCUCAGCUGUGAGUUUCAGAAGUACCUCAGAACUUGCUGAUUUUCAAUGGAUGCAUCUGCUUCUAGCACCUGUUGUCUACCAAUAUUACAUUGUUGCAGUGUAUUUUCAGAAAUAUGCAUUUAUACUGGUUAGAUCAGGUUUCACUAUAUAUAGUACAUGAUUAUCAGAUCACACUCAGAUGAACAAUAAAUCAAAAGGAAACCACUGUUCACUGGUUGCAUGCCAGAUUGUCAUAAAAAGGAAAUCUCAGUUGGACUGGGCAGUGUUUGUAACGGUAGAAGAGCUCCUCAGCCAAAACAUGUUGUGUUUGACCCAAGGUUAGUACCAGUUUGGUUCGCAAAAUCUGGAUUGUGUUUAUGUAUUACGGUGAAAUUACCCAGGAGAAAAUUAUUUUGGGACGACUGUUGGGGAGUUUGAUCAUGUCGCCGCUUUAAUCUGUGAUUCCCCGGCUGUAUCUCUGUGUCCCUUACUGUCGUUUUAACAAACUCAAAUGUAAUUUUUCAGUGUUGAAAAUAUGAAUUUAGUGUAGCAAUUUGUUCAUGAUUGACCAACUGUGAGUUCAAGUCAUAUGUACCGCAGCAUUCAGUGUCUGGACUUGGCUUCAUUAUACAAAAAAAAAAAAGUGCAUUAUAUUUUCUUUUUACCCUGUGCAGUGACACCAAUGGAAUCGUUUCAGCGCCAAAGUGUUUGAACGUUGUUGAGAUUUUUAAGGGUGGUUUCCUCUACCUGUCAGUGUGUGUUUGUUUUUGUUUUGUUUUUUUGUUUUGUUUUGUUUUUACUUUGACCAUGUCUGUGAACAUGAAAUAUGCUGGGGAACUCCUCUCUACUGUGAGCAGUGUUCAAGUACACGGCAGUUGGUUUCCUGGAAGCACUUAAGCCAUUCGCUGGACUGUUUCAUAAUGGUUCAAUUUUAAGCUUUGCUCUCGUCCGGGAUAUUGACCCAGGGAGUUGUGUGUCUGUAAUUGAAUUCCUAUGCAGGUGUGGAGUUGUAAUCACCUGGUACCACAUCACUGUUGGGUGGAGGGUGACUGGCGAGCGUUCAAACCUUUUGAAUGUGUCCACACCGCCUUGAGAUAGAGUUAAAAAAAAAAAAAAAAAAAGAAAAAAGAAAACGGGACAAUGGCGACACGACAAAUCCGUACACAACUAUUCCUACACUUUCAUGAAGUUGAAUUAAGCUGAGCUGUACAGGGCUGCUUGACUGUAUACCUGUCUGUAAUAGUUGUACCUGCAUUGCAAUGAUCAUUAGGGAAAGACAGGGUUUUUACUGUAUGGAGUUAUUUCCAGUUGGUGUGAUAAAAUGUGAAAAAGAAUUUCAAGACUAUUGCAGUAAACACUCCCUCACCCUACUUCGGCCUCCUUAGAGGUAACCCUACAUUUACAGAAGAUGUUAUAAGUAUAUGCGAUAGAGAGUGUACAUGUCUUUGCUAAACCGGCCACACCUCUGCUAUGCGAGCAACUCUUUGACGCUUAGCAUCCUGUUCUGUGUUUUUCUCUUGCUGCAUUCAGGAACACCUGUUCAAUGUAUAGAUAAACAGAAAUAAAUCAAGACUUUUAUUCUAUCA